AUGAAAAAUUAAUUUUCAUAUUGUUCAAAAUAGAAUUCACAUAUACAAUAAACACCUUUUGGAAACUCAUAAAAUAUUUAAAAAAGCAAUUAAUAAAGCAAAUAAAGAUUGCAAAUAUUUGAUGAUUUUAAAAUUCAAUAACCAUAAUCCUUUUCUUAAUUUAAUAAUUUUUCUAUAAAAUAAUUACAUGCACAUUAAUAAAAUGAUUAAUUAUAAUAAUAACCUUUCACAAUAUUUUAAAUACCUAAGGGAUUAAAAAAUAUAGGAAAUAAUUGUUUUAUGUAUAUUUUUUUUAUAUUUAGGAAUGCAAUUUUAUAAAUGUUAUACAGUAUUAAGUAAUUUAGAAAAUCUAUCUUAGAUUUACCGGCUAAAUAACUUCAAACCGAUUCUAUUAGUCUUCAUUUGUAUACAUUGUUUUAAGAAUUAAAAUCCUCUAAACAAAUUUAUUUAAAUCCUUCUCAAUUUUAUCAUGCAUUUUGUAUAAUAAUUAAUAAUCAUUUUAGUGAAUAAACAUAACUAAUUUUAAUUUGGCAGAUAAGAAGAUGCACAUGAAUUUUUAUUGUGUUUAUUCUAAUCUUUAGGAUCGGAUUGCAAAAACAAAUAAAUCGAAACAAGCUUUGUUGAUGAUAUCAAAAAUUUUUUUGAAGACCUUUUUCUUGGAAAUGAGAGAGUUUUAGAAUCUAAAAUAGAAAAAGAAUGGAAAUUAAAAAGAUAAUUAGAAAGCAAUAUUAUAACAAAUUUAUUUGUUGGUUUAUUUAGUAACAAAAUCAUUUGCAAAAAUUGUUAAUUUGAGUAAAUUCAUUAUGAAGAAUUCAAUGUAUUAGCUUUAAGUUUAGAAUAUUAUUUAGGUAUUUAUAAUUUUAAAAAAGAAAGCUGCUUACUGAAUGAACUAAUCAAAUUUUAAUUUAAACCUUAAAUCAUAACAAAUUAUAAAUGUUAAAAGUGUUUAUAAGAUGAACACUAAUUAAUGUAAUAAAUAAAAUAAUUAGAGUCAAAAAAUAGCAAAACUUCCAAGAAUUUUAAUUAUUUAAUUAAAGCGAUUUAAUUAUUAAAAUUCUGCAUAGAGAAUAAAUACAAACAUUAUUUUUCCUUUUGAAAAUUUAUCUUUGGUUGAAUAAUGCACUCCAAAUAUUAGAUCUUGUUCAUAUGACUUAUAAACUAUAAUCCAUCAUUCUGGAACUUGCAAUAAUGGCCAUUAUUAUGCGUACUUUAAAAAUAUGAUAAUAUAAUUAGGACAUGUAGAUAUGAAGAAGAUAAUAGAAUAAAAUGGUUUAGAUUUGAUGAUUCAAUGGUUGAGGAAGCAUAAUUGGAGAAAAGACAAUAUGACACUUAUGGUACUCCUACACCAUAUAUGCUAAUUUUUGAGUAAAAACAAUAUUCAUAAUGA